CACAUACAUUCUUUCGUCUUCCCGUCUCUCUCUCUCUCUCUCAUCCGCCGGCAUAUCUUUACACAAUAGUAUAUGUCUCAAAGGCCAACGGUUCCACACUCUUCCUCCAUCGCCUUCUCCCUCCAUUCCCAUCUCCUGGUCUCCAGUGAGAUGAACCCCAACUCCAAUUGGUCCCAUUAAAAAACCCCAUUUUUUCCUCCGGUCGUCUUGAAAUUAAUUGAUCUAUUUUUCUCGUGUUAAGAUCGACCGAAAAUCAAAAUGGGUCUGAAGGGAUUCGUGGAGGGAGGAAUCGCGUCGAUCGUGGCGGGCGUCGCGACGCACCCGCUGGACCUGAUCAAGGUCCGCAUGCAGCUGCAGGGCGAGGGCAACCCGGCCGUGCACUCGCUCCGGCCGGCGCUCGCCUUCCAGACGAACUCGCACGGAGCGAUCCACGCUCCGCCGCCGCACCCCCACGCCGCGCCGCGUGUGGGGCUGGUUUCCGUGGGGAUGCGGAUCGUGCAGCAGGACGGCGUCGCCGCCCUGUUCUCCGGCGUCUCCGCCACCGUGCUCCGCCAGACGCUGUACUCCACCACCCGGAUGGGGCUUUACGAUAUAAUGAAGAGGAAAUGGAGCGAUCCGAGUACAGGUAACAUGCCUCUAAUUAGCAAGAUAGCGGCUGGCCUUAUAGCCGGCGGAAUCGGCGCGGCCGUUGGAAACCCGGCUGAUGUAGCCAUGGUGCGGAUGCAAGCAGACGGCCGGCUCCCGUCGGCUCAGCGGCGCAACUACAAGAGCGUGAUUGACGCCAUAUCGCAAAUGGCAAAGAACGAGGGAGUUGCUAGCCUGUGGCGCGGAUCAUCGCUCACGGUGAACCGCGCGAUGCUGGUCACGGCAUCGCAACUAGCAUCGUACGAUCAGAUCAAGGAGACCAUACUGGACAAGGGUCUGAUGAGAGACGGGCUCGGGACCCACGUGACGGCUAGCUUCGCCGCGGGGUUUGUGGCCGCGGUGGUGUCGAACCCGGUGGAUGUGAUCAAAACCAGGGUGAUGAACAUGAAGGUGGAGCCCGGGGCGGCCCCCCCUUACUCCGGGGCCAUCGAUUGCAUCGUGAAGACGGUCCGAUCGGAGGGUCCCAUGGCUCUUUACAAGGGGUUCGUCCCCACAAUAUCGAGGCAGGGACCCUUCACGGUUGUGCUCUUUGUCACACUGGAACAGGUCCGCAAGCUGCUCAAAGAUUUCUAAAUAAAUCACGGGAAAUUAUACAAUAGUCCGGAGUACUGCCACGUUGUACUACGGAUUACUUUAUUUUAUAUUUAUAUGAGGUCUACAAUUAAAUGUAUAGACCCAACAAAAAUAUUUAGUGUGAUCUGAAGUAUCACGUGACGGAACUCCCGAACUAUUGAAUAAUUACUCAUAAAUCACGGGAUGACGAGAAGAAUUUCAAAAACUAAAGAUUUUAUUAGAAAAAAUUAUGGAGUAGUUUUAUUGGUGGAGCAGUAUAAUUGUUCCCAUGGUUGUGGAAUGAAGGUCAAAAGAUUGUAAAUUUGUUGCAUUAUUUAUAGUUUAAUUUAAUCGACACACGAAAUGUCCGUUACAACUUUUAAAUGAAUUUAAUUGCUUUGGAA